AUGCAGCUCUUUGCCGACUCGCAGACGCACUUUGCAGCCGUCUCGGAAGAUGGCCGUCUCAAGCUCUGGAACGUCGCCAGCAGCUCGCUGCAGCAAGAGCUCAAGGAGCGCGACCACCUCAGCUACUCGUUCACGUCUCUCGCGUGGACGUGCAAUCCCAAGAGCAAGAGCAAGAAACGAGGCAGCGGCAACGACUUGGGACUGGUCGCGCUCGGUGCUAGCAACGGCGUUGUCGUCGUCUGGGAGCUCGCAACUGGUCAAGUCAAACACACGCUGCAGUCGGACGCGAGCCAUGGAGCCGUGACGGCGCUGGCGUUUAACCCACAAGGCAGCUUACUGUACGCCAGUAGCGCCAGUGACAAGUACGUGCUCGAGUGGAGCCUGAGCAGUGGCCAAGUUGAGCGCAAGUUCCGCGUCGGCUCAGGCGGUGCAUCAGCCUUAGCAGUCUCUGGAGAUGGAGCGAUUCUGGCUGCAGGGAGCUCAGUUUUGCGCACAUUUGAUCUGGCGUCGGGUCAGAAGAGCAGGAAACUUGUCUCGGGCUUAUCGUCUGCAGUGACACAGCUGCGAUUUGCUGUUGCCGGGACGGGCGAACUCGAGGCGUCCAGGUUCUUGUUUGCCGCGACGGCAGGCGCUCGGUUUGUGAACAUGUACGAUCUGCAGCUGACAGAGCACGAUGCGCCGGCACUGACGUUUAGUCUGCCGAGUAGUGCCGAGAGUCUCUUUGCUCGUGCUGUUACGGGUGGCACUGCGGCGUCAAAGAAGAGCAAGAAGCACAAGAAGGAGAAAAGCAGUGAGACGGCCAAACCAGUUGUGGAUUUGCUGGUGGGAGCUACGACGUCUGCGGGGGCGAUGUUCGUGUGGGUACACAAGUACCAUCAAGCAGGCGAUGCGUCUGAGCUGGCACUGGCCUCAAAGCCACUGCGGCCAUUGCUGUCGACAGCUGAGAGUGCUGGUAUUUUGCUGGCGGAGCUCAGUACAGAGGCAGAUACGGACUUGAAAACACAAGUGCUAGUUGCCCGUGGAUCGGUUGUCAAGCCGGUGUUUGAGAAGGUAUCCCUCGUGGAAGAGGAUGCUCCGAGUCAGUGGAAAAAGAAGCUAGAGUUUGCUGAGAUCAGUGACGCUCUGCUGCUUUCUGCUGAACGCGCUGAAGUAGCUGCAGCAAACGGCAGUAUCAAGCGUCAGAAAGUUGCAGCAGCUCAUGAGGACGAAAAGACCCAUGUACCGACGUUGAGUGAGCGCCGUGCUCUGGCUAAUUCUAUGACUGUAGUGGACGAAACGAUUAGCUUUGAAGAGAGACCGGAUGGCGACGCAGAAGAAGAAGAGAACGAGCUUACUUUGGCUGAGCGUGUGGAGGCUCUGCGUGAGCAUAUCGAGGGAGAUGUGACUGCUGCUCUCAGCCGUGCAGAACGUGAGUCAGAGACUCCGGACAGCAAGGCUCUGGAUAACAAACCGGAUGCGUCGUCGCUUGCUAGUGUGCUGGAGCAGGCUUUACAAGCACGUGACAACGCUCUUCUCGAGUACUGUUUGCGUCUACGCGAUGCCAAAAUCAUUGGGCGAACUGUGGCUCGUGUGUCGCCCUCCCGUGUGCUGGCGCUGCUGGAGGUGAUUGUCCAUAAGCUUGAACGGUCACCAAACCGCUUUUCACGUCUUUGUGUGUGGUUGCGUGCUGUCCUUCUGCACCACACGGCGUACCUAGUGGCCCAGCCUGAUCUCGUGUCGAGUCUAUCGGCUCUGUAUCAGCUCUUGGAGACUAGACUGCAGGUGCACGAACAGAUGCAGAAGCUGUCCGGCCGCUUGGCACUUGUACUGGGCCAGAUUCAAGUCAACACAAACGUGACCGCUGAGCAGGAAGACGACGAGACUCGUGCCGCGGUAGUUUACCACGAGGGUGAAGAAGAGGUAAGUGGGGAUGCUAAUGGCGAUGAUGGCAGCAGUCAAGAGCAGGAGGACGAAGAUGAAGACGAGGACGAAGGCAUAGAGACUGAGGACGAGUGA